AUGAGUUUCCUCUUCUUAUCACAUCAUCUAGGUUUCCUUGCAGAUGCUAUUGGUGUCUCUUUGAUGACUUGCAAGCGUAUUCAUCGGGCUGUGGGCUGGAUGACCGGCAUUCUCCUUAUUUUACACAUUAUCAUGGCCAUAGUGAUUGAGCAGAAGGCCUGGAGUCUUCGUGAGAAAUCUAACCUCUUCGCGUUUAUUGGUGCUGUGAUGAUGGCUGCGCUUCUAUUGUUAUCUUUUUCUUUCCUUCGCCGUUUCUUUUACGAGCCAUUCCUUCGACUACACCAAGCCUUAGCCACAGCUUGCGUUUAUUUUGUAUGGCAUCAUCUGCCAUCCGAGACUUUGCUGCCCCGGCUAUAUGUUUACAUUCCACUUGGCCUCAUUCUGCUUGCAAUCCUGGUCGAGCUUUGUCUUUUUAUUUUCAGGAAUGGUGUCUUCCCCUCUCGCCCCUAUUCUCGUGCCUCAAUCAGAUGUGAUCAGGUUCAACAAACACUGACGCAAGGCAAAGAGUUGAAACCACUCACGGUCAGGGUUGCACUUGCCCAACCUUUACAUAUCCAUGCGGGCCAAUACAUAAACCUCUGGAUACCCGCGGCAAGCCUCCUCUCCUGGGUUCAGACGCACCCGUUCAUGGUGACAUCUUGGUCCCCAGAAAAGCAAAGCGUCCUGGAGCUUUUUGUUCAACCUCGAAGAGGGCUCACUGAGACUAUUUAUCAUCGUACAGCCUUGGAUGGGUCUACUUCCCUGACAGCAUUUGUUACUGGGCGGUACGGAGUUAGUAAAUCCGUAGACCAUUAUGAAUGUGUCCUGGCAAUUGCGACGGAUUUCGGCAUCGCGGGGGUUAUAUCUUACCUGAAAAAGCUUCUCUACGGGUACAACACUUGUACCUCACAAGUACGUCGUGUACAUUUUGUGUGGCAAGUCCAAACAUUGGGUAAGUUCGGCCUCUGUGUUUACGGCGCAAAUCCAUGCGAUAUUUACUUUCCCAGAUAUUGCGGUUGCGGCCCAACCACUUCUGAACAGCUUGUUAAGCGAUGA